UGGCUGGUGAAGCAGUGAUUUUUAAAAAUGGAGAAUAAGUUAAGUUAGGUUUUGAUUUGUUGACAGUUAGAGAGAAGCGCGUGUAAAGUUUAUCUCAUACUUUAUUUGUUCCCUGGUUGAAGCCAGCUGCCAUGUCAGUACAGCUCAUGUGUUAGGGUUUUUUUUUUAUAUUAUGGCGGUCUGGCAACAAACAGAAGAGAGGAGAUGAGAUGAGAGAUGAAAAUGCGUGUGGGCCUCACAGGGAAAAAGACUUUUCCAUGCUUUUCCGUCUGCUGACAGAUGAUAAUCACGCGACAUUCGCGUUUUAGGUGAAAAAAUAAAUAAAAAGGGGCCGAGUGGUGAUCUACAUAAUGGCCCCGCCCGUGGGAUGUUUUCUCAAUAAAUGCAUAGUUUGGCCGAAUUCUGUAUCCUCAGUUGUCUCGCCUAAUUCGUUUCGGUCGUUAACAGACGUGGAAAUUUACCAGAACGAAGUGUCUGCUGCAACUGGUAAGGAUUUGGUAGGAUUUAAGGAGAAGAAAGUGUUUGCAAAGAAGAGCAGAAGAGCAGCCGCCAUGGGCAAUUAUGUGUCCUGUGCUGCUUCCACAGUGCCCUCAAAGAUGUUCAAAGUUGUGCUGCCGAAUGGUUCUGUGCAGGAAUUUCAUCGGCGUGUGAAAGCGGCGGAGCUUAUGCUGGAGAAUCCUCAGCAGUUUGUGUGCCAUGCGAAUGGACUGCAGAUUGGACGGCGGAUAAAUCCUCUUUUGGCUGAUGAGGAUUUGGAGCUCGGACAGCUUUAUUUUCUUCUGCCGAUGCAGAAGCUUAAGGGAGUUCUUUCUGGUACUGACAUGGCUUCGCUUGCCUUUAAGGCAAAUUCUGCCACUAAAGGCAGCGGCCAUGGGAAAAAUAAUGCAAAGAUUCUUCCGCUUCUGUUUGGCGACAUGCUGCCGGAAAGGAGAAAGGAUGCGGAUCUUUUAAUGGACGAGAAAGCGCAGGAACUGCCGCGGUUAAAUUUAGAGGAUGAUCCAGAUUUGUCGACGGCCUUUGAGCAGCUGAGAUUGAGCGGAUGCAGAGCGUGGAAGCCUAAGCUGGAGACGAUAAGCGAAUCCAGGCCCAAGCUUCGUGAUUUGAUGCAGUCCAACGAGCAGUUCUGUUAGUUGACGGGAAAAUUAUAGAUGAGAUGUAACUGUGUAUGUAUCAUUUUGUUAUUUGUUCACCUCCGAUGCAAAAUGUGUUCUGUUCUUCCUCAGGCAUGCAUGAAAUUUUCACGGAUAGAGAACAAGAUAAUCUUUAAAAAUGUUACUGUGUACAUUUCGUACGCAUAUUUGUAUAGGUGUUAGCUUUGCAGUGAGAAUUUAUUGGAUUCAAUUUCACCA